GAAGUUGGUCACGCGCGAGCUGCAAGAGAAGGAAUUGCAGCGGAAGCACCAAUUCUUGCUGUCCCAGGUGCUGAUCUACUACCACACGCCGCUCGCCGUGAAGAAAUAUGGGCGGAACUUGUACGGUGUGAAAAUUGUGCCCAUUUAUCCGGUGAAGAACAAAUCACUUUCAACUACAUCGGGGACUACAACUAGGACGAAAAGAACCUCCGGGACGAGCGACGGUGGGGGCGAAAUUCUGCGGAACACGAAGAUUUUUGACAAGAGCGGGGAAGUUGUAAAGGAUCAACAUGAUCCGCGACUGUUGCCAGCGCCGGCAGUAGCUGUACCGGAGAACAACAGCGACGAGCAUUUAUCUCAACCGAAUGUAGUCGAAGGGGGCGCAUUCUUGCGAACGUCACUUCCUGCUCCUUCAUUGAACGAUACCUCGUAUACCGAGGAACUCAGGGCACACAUUCGCGCUGCUAUGUCUCCGGGCGCGGCCACGACGACACCUCAGGAAAAUGCUCAACAGUUUUCAUCCGGUGGCCACAGUGCUGAAGAUCAUGAUGUUCGUCCUGGCGCGCACGACGCACUAGUACCAAAGAUGAACCAAACGAAGGACCAGGAGGGUAAUGCUGAGCUGCAGCCGCAACUGCCAGUACCCGUGGAUGAAGUAGCGGAUGGAGCUGCUGACGGUCCGACCGUGAUGUCCCGAGGACCCCUCGUGGUUCCAGCUUCAAGCGGACGAACCGCAGCUCCUGUAAAUGAAAUUACGUCGUCAGCCGCAAGGAACAAGAUCACAAAUUCAUCUGGCCCCCGAACAACUCCCUCGACCACGGUGAGAAAUAAAAGGUCAAGCACCUGGAUUCGCACCC